UUCCCAUUAGUUUUGGAAAUAGUGUCAAAGGGGGAAGUCGACGCAGCCGCUGUCGUAAACGACAAGUGCCUAAUAAGAAAAUAAUAAUGUCUAAUAGACCUGUAGCAUUUAAAAAUCCUUUCUCUAGGCCAUGGAUGUCGGAAACUGGUGCAGCGGCUGCGGCUGGCGAAAAAUCAAAGGGUUUGAAAGGUGUUGUGGCCGGCGGUAUAACUGGCGGCAUUGAAAUUUGUAUAACAUUCCCGACGGAAUAUGUAAAAACACAGCUGCAAUUAGACGAAAAAGGAGGUUCUAAGAAGUACACAGGCAUCGGUGACUGCAUCAAGAAGACUGUCAAAUCUCAUGGAGUAUUCGGCCUAUACAGAGGACUCAGUGUGCUCAUCUAUGGAUCCAUACCGAAGUCUGCUGUCAGAUUCGGUGUGUUCGAACAAGCGAGGUUGUACAUGCUGACUGAAGAUGGCACAUUGUCGACAACGGGCAAAUUGGCUUGCGGUCUGGCCGCUGGAGUUUCCGAAGCUAUCUUCGCAGUCACUCCUAUGGAGACUGUGAAGGUCAAGUUCAUCAACGACUUGAGGCUGGAGAAGCCAAGGUUCAGAGGAUUCUUCCACGGAGUCCGGACUAUUGUGAGGGAAGAUGGUGUUGGAGGACUGUACAAAGGUGUGACAGCCACAGUGAUGAAGCAGGGAAGUAAUCAGGCCAUCCGGUUCUUCGUGAUGGAGUCCUUGAGGGACUGGUACAAGGGCGGAGACAGAGACAAGCCUGUGCCUAAGUACAUCGUCGCGCUGUUUGGUGGUAUCGCAGGAGCGGCGUCAGUAUUCGGUAACACACCAAUAGACGUGGUCAAAACUCGAAUGCAAGGUCUGGAAGCAGCCAAGUACAAGAACACGUGGGAUUGCUUCAUCAAGACAUGGAAGGCGGAAGGUCCCUUCGCGUUCUACAAGGGCACGGUACCGAGGUUAAGUCGUGUAGUGUUCGAUGUAGCUAUUACGUUCACAAUCUACGAUUCCAUUAUGGAUCUUUUCAACUACGUUUGGAAGUAAUUUUUGAGAUAUCUUUUGUAUUUUUUAGCAUUGAUGUCUCUGCUUAUUGAGUCGUGAUGAAUCACUUAUGCCUUGUUUGCACUGCGCUAGUGUUUUUGUCCAGUGCCGAGUAUAUAGUAGCUCUCUCUCGCUUUGUCGUAUCUUCAAAGAUAUUAGACUUCUUAAUUAUUACAUGGUAGAUAUCCCUCCCACUCGUAUGAAGCGCUUCGCUUCAAGUUUCCUUGUGCAAAUUGCUAGGGAGUGGAAUUCUUUGCCGGAGUCUGUUUCCUGAUGGGAAUCUGGAUGUCUUCAAAGCCCGAGUGAAUAGGUUGCUUUUGGGCAGACAUGCUGCAUCGUAGGCCGCAUCAUCACUUACCAUCAGGCGAGAUAUCGGUCAAACGUCCACCCAUCAAAUGAAAAAAUCUAAGCGAGAGCUACUAAAUACUCAUUACUCGACUAAAAUGCUAGCAUAGUGCAAAUAAGGCAUAAGAAACAAAAGACGCACAUCAAGGUAUCCUCUUCUUUAAUGGAUUUUCAAUCUUAAUGCUUUGUUAGUAAAGUUUUAAAUCCGUUAAAGAGUUUGUGGUAGGUUGAUGGUAGUUGUCUUUAUAAAAAAUUGUAACAUAUCUCUUUAGAUUGUUGACUUUGUUACAUAAUCGUCACGACUUAAUAGGUCUCCCUAGUUUAUGUGACGGUAGUACGAUUUCUAGUUUAUAUUUUACAAUGAACAUACCAAAGUAAGCAGAUUUUUUAUUAUAAUUAUUAUAUUUAUGUACAAAUCACGUGAACCUCGCAUUUAAUUGUGUAUAAUGUGAUAUAUUGUAAUGGACUUGGACAACGAGACACAAUAGCUUUUAUAUUAGCUAAUUGAUUUUUAAAUAACCAUGGUUUUUAAAGAAUGCAUUUUGUGUGCAGACCGCACGUAAAACUACACUUGUAUCCUUAAAAGAUUUUCAACCUUAGCUCGUAAAGAUAAGGUUGAAUUUCGAUUGAUGUUUAGUGUAGCUUGUUAUGUAAGGUAAUUUUGUAGAGAAUCUACCGUCACAUACAUACGUAGAUAUAUUGAAAUUGUUCAUAGACUCGUUUUUAUUGUAGAUGUACAAAUAUUAAAGCUGUGCUUGCGAAGAAAUUGUAAUUUUAAGUAUAAUACAUUGCUUUUAGGUGUAAAAACUACGACGUCAUAGAUUGAGUUAUAAAAAAAAACAUGAAAUAUUAAGUUUAUGAAUACUUAAAGUAUCCUUGUAUAAUAUUUUCAACGUUGUUUUGGUACUGUGCAAUUUAUUUUCUACUCUAUUUAUUUGCUCUUUAGAUACAUUUUUGAUGAACAAAAAGUAAAAUUAGCAUUAAGUUUCUAGUCUUCAAAAUUUAUUCAAACAAAACAGUCGAAAUAUAGUCUUUAUGUUCUAAGUAAUAAGUGCUAUUUUACAAUCACGUGUUUAACACUAUUAUUAUUGAAUUAACUUGAUCUAUGAUGUGAACAAAAAAUAAUAUAUUUCUAUAACUUACAUAAUGUAAGUUAUUGUUUUUGUGUUGUUAUAUAUUUUAUUGAUAAACGAUCGCAAGCGCAGCUUUUGAUCCUGGGUACGAAUCCAGGGUCGGGCAGUAUCAGCCCAUGUUGAAUUGGCUAGGAUGUUUUGCGGUACUCUGAUGAUAUGGGUGUAAGCAGUGACAGUAGAAAGUGGUACUUUUUGUUAAUAGUAAAAAUACAUGAUUUUGUUUAGAUACUACUUUUUGAGAGAAUCUAGUAUUUCGACCAACUAUUUAGUUUACUAAAAUCUCGGUCGAAAUGUGUGCCUUAUUGGUGGGAAAAAAGACUACAACUGCGUUGACGCAACAGUUGGGCAACCGACUCCUGCGCAAGGAGUCGCGAGUUCAGAUUCCCGCGCGGCUUAACUAUAUAGAUAUGUGUGAUCCACAGAUUGUUAUUCCGUAUCUGGGUGUGAUAUGUAUGUGAUUUUUUAUUAGGGUGUAAACGCACCCCUGACACACGAGAAAACCCUUGUGGGGGGCCAACAUUUAAGACAUUAACUCAUAAACAAUGAAAAAGUUACUAUUUUCUUUACUGUCACUAUUUACAUUCAUAUCAAUGCUUUCCCCCCUUUUAGGGGUGUAUUAAAAAGUAGUUUAGUCUGUUAAAAACCAGGGUUUUGUUUAUUUAUUACGAUUUAUUGCAUUAUUUUUAUUCCGUUAUUUUAUUACAGAGCGGGAUUAUAAAUAUGUAUAAGUAUGUGAUUAUUUACCGGGUUUUGUGGCUGUAUAAUAUUUAUUUGUUUAUUUUUCUAUAUUUUUAUUAGCAUUUUGUAAUUUAUAUGAACCUUUAUAGCCGAUUCUGUCGUUGUUACUAUGAAUUAAAAACAAAAUGUUUUUUAUAAAUUGUUACUACAUAUACAGAGUAGAGUUUUCUACUAUAUUUUUAUAUCUGAUUAUGUCAAUGUUUGUAUGAAUUUUCUGUGUCAAAUGUACUGGUGUAUUUUUCUUGUUAUGUUGCUAUAUGUUUGAAAAAAGGUUUAUCGGUCUAGAUGACCAUGUGUGUGACCACAGCUCCGCACGUUGGCCCCAACUUUUGUAUCUAGUAAUUCAAUUGCUCCAACAUUGGCGCCAACUCCACACACUGGGCGUGCAUUGGGGCCAAGUUUGUGGAGUCAGGGUGACAAAAAAUAAGUCUUAGAUGCUUAUAAAUCACAGAAACGUUAAACUAUUGCCUCAUAACCAAUUUCUAUCAACUUGAAGCUUUUAUUUUUCUACCAACCACUUCUGAUUACAAACUGAUCUGUUUGCACACAUAAGCAACGGGUUAACUAACUUUAAUGUUCCAAAUAUGCAUUUCACUUCUAUCUUUUUAAGAAUUGUAUUUGAGAGGCGGCUUCUGAUCUAGGCCUUAAGGUCCGGUCUAUUUCAUACGCAACCCUCAAACAUCUUAAAAUUUCAUUCCAGAACUUUCACAUUGACGCUAAAAAUAUGAGUUUUGUUAAUUAUUUUGUAUCAUUUCAGUUUUUAUUGAUGUUGACAUGUUUAUGUUUAUUUAUUAUCUAUAUUUUUCUUUUAAUAAAAUUGUCAGACAAUUUGA